AUGGCGCCGGGCGGCGGAGCGGGAAAUGUCCGCGUCCCGGGAGCGGGGCGGGAGGCCGCGGUCACCGCGCCCGGCCCAAGGACACACGCAGAGCGCGUGCGCUGCCGCUUCCGGCGCCCAGCUCCCGCCCCUUCCGGCCGAUCCGCCCGCCGGAGAGCCCAAUCGGUGCGGGGCGUUUCUAGACGGACGGGCUCGUGGCCCAAUCGCGAGGAGACAGAGCGAGCGCCGCGACACGUCCAGCCAAUCGGAGCGCGAGAGCGGGAGGCGCGGGUCGACCUCUACCCAAUGGGCGCGAGCGGUCCCCGCACCCCCCUGAUCCGUGCUCCCUUCUGCCCCACAGGCGACGUCCCACGCAGGCGCAUUGCCACCCCCGAGGAGGUGCGCUUCCCGCUGCAGCACGGGUGGAGGAGAGAGGUGCGCAUCAAGAGGGGGAACCACCGGUGGCAGGGAGAGACCUGGUACUACGGGCCCUGCGGGAAGAGGAUGAAGCAGUUCCCGGAGGUGAUCAAGUACCUGAACAGGAACGUGGUGCAGGACGUCCGCCGCGAGCACUUCAGCUUCAGCCCCCGAAUGCCGGUGGGGGAUUUCUACGAGGAGCGGGACACGCCGGAGGGCCUGCAGUGGGUGAAGCUGAGCCCCGAGGAGAUCCCGUCCCGCAUCCAAGCCAUCACCGGGAAGCGCGGCCGACCCCGCAACGCCGAGAAAGCGAAGCCCAAGGAGCUGCCCGCCGUGAAGCGCGGCCGCGGGCGGCCCCCCAAGGUUCGGAUGGUCGAUCUGCUGAGCAAGACGGACGCGCGGCUGCUGAAGAGGCUGGAGGCCCAAGAGGUGCUCAGUGAUGAGGACAAGCUGAAAAUGAGUAAAAUCAAGAAGAAAAUGAGGCGGAAGGCCAAGAACAAGCAGAAGCAGGAGGCGAAAGCUCCCAAAGCAAAGGAGGCCAAGAAGAAGUCCAAGGCCAAGGAGAAGAAGGGCAAAGCGGAGAAGGGCAAGGACAAGGGGCGGCCCAAGGAGAAGAAGGGCAAAGGGGCGCGCAGGGUGGACAAGGGGAUGGUGGCCCAGCGGCGCCUGGAGGAGCGGCGGCGGCAGCAGCUCAUCCUGGAGGAGAUGAAGAAGCCGACGGAGGACAUGUGCCUGGCNGGGCCGGCCCAUGGCUUCCUGCCGCUGCUCCUCAGCCGCGGGGCCGGCCCGGCCGCCGCCGUCGGCGCGCGUCGGGACCAUGCGGCGCAGGCGGCUCCCGCCGCCAAGGCCGGCUCCGCCACCGGGCGCAUCGUGGCCGUGAUCGGCGCGGUGGUGGACGUGCAGUUCGACGAGGGGCUGCCCCCCAUCCUGAACGCCCUGGAGGUGCAGGGCCGGGAGACGCGCCUGGUGCUGGAGGUGGCCCAGCACUUGGGGGAGAACACGGUGCGCACCAUCGCCAUGGACGGCACGGAAGGGCUGGUGAGGGGACAGAAGGUGCUGGACUCCGGCGCGCCCAUCCGCAUCCCUGUCGGCCCCGAGACCUUGGGAAGGAUCAUGAAUGUCAUCGGGGAGCCCAUCGACGAGAGGGGCCCCAUCACAACGAAACAGUUUGCUGCUAUCCACGCCGAAGCGCCUGAGUUUGUGGAGAUGAGCGUUGAGCAGGAGAUCCUGGUGACAGGGAUCAAGGUGGUGGACCUGCUGGCCCCCUAUGCCAAGGGUGGCAAGAUCGGUUUGUUUGGAGGUGCCGGCGUCGGCAAGACGGUGCUGAUCAUGGAACUGAUCAACAACGUGGCGAAAGCUCACGGCGGUUACUCGGUGUUCGCCGGUGUGGGGGAGAGAACCCGCGAGGGCAACGACUUGUACCAUGAGAUGAUUGAAUCCGGGGUCAUCAACCUGAAAGAUGCCACCUCCAAGGUCGCCCUGGUCUACGGACAGAUGAACGAGCCCCCCGGUGCCCGCGCCAGGGUGGCUCUGACUGGGUUGACAGUGGCGGAGUACUUCAGGGACCAGGAAGGCCAGGACGUGCUGCUCUUCAUCGACAACAUCUUCCGCUUCACCCAGGCUGGCUCAGAGGUGUCAGCCCUGCUGGGCAGAAUCCCCUCCGCUGUGGGCUACCAGCCCACGCUGGCCACUGACAUGGGCACCAUGCAGGAGCGGAUCACCACCACGCGCAAGGGCUCCAUCACUUCGGUGCAGGCCAUCUACGUGCCGGCUGAUGACCUGACAGACCCUGCCCCUGCCACCACCUUCGCCCACUUGGAUGCCACCACCGUGCUGUCCCGCGCCAUCGCCGAGCUGGGCAUCUACCCUGCCGUGGACCCGCUGGAUUCCACCUCCCGAAUCAUGGACCCCAACAUCGUGGGGCCCGAGCACUACGACGUGGCCCGGGGUGUGCAGAAGAUCCUUCAGGACUACAAGUCCCUGCAGGACAUCAUCGCCAUCCUGGGCAUGGACGAGCUGUCUGAGGAGGACAAGCUGACCGUGGCCCGGGCCCGCAAGAUCCAGCGCUUUUUGUCACAGCCCUUCCAAGUGGCCGAGGUCUUCACCGGCCACAUGGGCAAACUGGUGCCCCUGAAGGAGACCAUCAAGGGCUUCAAGCAGAUCCUGGCAGGUGAAUACGACCACCUCCCGGAGCAGGCCUUCUACAUGGUGGGGCCCAUCGAGGAGGCGGUGGCCAAGGCAGAGAAGCUGGCUGAGGAGCACGCUGCAGAGAUGAGGAGCGGGUGGUGGUGGCUGCAGGACCCCGAGCAGCUGGAGGCGGUGGCCCGCGCGCUGCACCCGCGCGGCAUCCGGGAGAAAGCGCUGCACAAACACCUGACCAAGCACAGGGAGUUCCUGCGGGAGGUCUGCCUGCGCGCCGCCACGGACCCCAUUUUCCACCCCCGGCCCGAGGCGGCCGCCGUCACCGCCGCGUCUCAGGAAGCGUUGGCCCAAUGGUCGGUGAUGGAGCGGGCGUACGAGGCCGACCUGUCGGUGCUGCAGUGGGUGGAGGAGCUGGAGCAGCGCGUGCUGAUGGCCGACCUGCAGAUCCGGGGAUGGACGUGCCCCAGCCCCGACUCCACGCGCACCGACCUGCGGUACUGCGAGCACAAAGUGGAGCCGCUGGAGGACAUCACGGUGCGCAGCCGGCGGGACGGGCUCCCCCCGCGCCGCGAGGACACCAACCCCCUGGACCUGGCCGUGCUGCGCCUGGCCGCCCUGGAGCGCAACGUGGAGCGGCGCUACCUGAAGGAACCGCUGUGGGCGCAGCACGAGGUGGUGCUGGAGAAGGCGGUGCUGAGCGGCCCCGAGGAGCUGAGCCCCACCGAGAUCGCCUACGAGAUCACCCCCCGCGUGCGGACGUGGCGGCAGACGCUGGAGCGGUGCCGCAGUGCAGCGCAGGUGUCGCUGUGCAUCCACCAACUGGAGCGCUCCAUCGCCUGGGAGAAGUCCGUCAACAAAGUGGUGAGAGUCUGA